AAACAUAGUUAUCUUCACUUUAUAGCCAGCGCCAGCAUCCGAUCGUUCGCCUCCCGUCUGUACGUUUGCCGGUGAUCGUAUCCCAUAGCGACUCGCGUCGGGAUCAAGGAAGUUUACGUGUACAGUGUUGACGUGGCCCCUUACAGCAGGUACAUUACUGAAACUUAGCCCCAAAUUGAUCACACAAUGCUGACUUCGUUGUUUAUUGCUCUUGCCAUUUCGGCGGUGUUUGCGGGGGUUCCGAGUCAAGAUGAGAGUAAAAGACUUAUGGACCAUUUCUCUGAUGCUGAGCACUUCAAGAAUGAGCAUCACAAUAAGCAGUUCGAUCAUGACGCGUUCCUGGGUGAGGACCAGGCUAAGACCUUUGACCAACUGCCACCAGAGGAAAGUAGGAGAAGACUUGGAAUAAUUGUGGAUAAAAUCGACAUUGACAAAGAUGGUUUCGUGACACUGGUAGAGUUGAAGGACUGGAUCCGCUAUACCCAGAAGCGAUACAUCGAUGAUGACACGGAGCGUCACUGGCAGCAGCACAAUCCGAACAAUGAAGAACAUCUUCCUUGGGAGACGUACAGGAAGAACGUUUACGGGUUCAUGGAGGAAAUGGAUCCGAAGGAACUGACUACACCUAACAGCGAGGGCUUCACCUACUCAAACUUAUUGAAGAGAGAUAGGCGCCGGUGGCACCAUGCUGAUCAAGACGAGGACGACGCGUUGAACCGAACAGAAUUUUCAGGAUUCCUGCACCCAGAGGAAUACGGCAACAUGAGGGACAUUGUCGUACUCGAAACAAUGGAAGACAUUGACAAGGAUAAUGACGGCAAGGUGUCUGUAGAUGAGUACAUUGGAGACAUGUAUAAGCCGGAGGAUGGGAUAGACGAAGAGGAACCCGAUUGGGUGAAGCAGGAGAGGGAACAAUUUGCUAGCUAUAGGGACGCAAACAAAGACGGUUAUCUAGACGCAGGGGAAGUCAAAGACUGGAUCGCACCACCGGAAUUUGAUCACGCCGAGGCCGAAGCGAGGCACCUGGUGUUCGAGGCCGAUGGUGACGCUGACGAGAAACUGACCAAGGAAGAAAUUUUGGAUAAAUAUGACUUGUUUGUUGGAUCGCAAGCUACUGAUUUUGGAGAGGCCCUGGCGAGGCAUGACGAGUUUUAGAUUAACACUUGUUUUUGUUUAAACCUGUCGGAUAUAGUACGCGAGUUAUUUUUACCCGAAAAUUAAAGGCGCAACAAAAGACUGUGAGAGGUCCGUAGUAACUGACACUUACUCAUUGCUCAUAUGUUUAGAACAUCUGGCCGAUUAACGUGGACUAUAGCCGAUAGACGGUAAGCCCGUCAUAACCCUUGAAUAUAAUUUUUCUAUAGAUUUUCAGUUGAAUUAAUAACCUGUAGAGCAGACUAUAAACUUUACAUCAGCUGUAACAUAUUUGUAAUAGUGUAUACGCUCUUUAGUUACAAUGUUUCUGGUGACACCUGAACGAUUAUUUCAACCUCAACAUUGUAUGGUGUGCAAUCCUAUUGUGCAAUUUCAAAUAUUGACUUUAUGUCUAAAUCGUUAAGAUAUUUUUUUAUUUAAUAAGCGAAUACAGAUAAGUAUAAGUGUUCAAGAAAAAAAAAACAGCGCAUAAUUUAAUACAGAAUGUCUCUGCGUAAUCUACUAAGUCUACUGAAUAUUAACCUAUAUCUUUGCCUUAAUUAUAAAAUUUAAUUAACAGUAGCAGAAGAUUUUAAUGUCAAAUUUCAUUAGACCGAACGGUUUUAAAAAAAAUUUUAAUGUCAUGUUUUAAAAAUUUUUUGAGAAGCUGACAAAAUAAAUAAAAAAUAAUAUACUAAAUAAAAGUAAUGUAUCGUUUUUUAUAUCACACAGAAUGUUUAUCAUACUUGGCAUCUUCAAAUAGCAUAUGGCUGGUACCACGUGAGUUAUAUUUUUUAGAUCUAUUUUGUCAAUUUCCAAAAAAAUACUGUUCGAAUUUCAUGUUUUAUUGAGAGUGUGUUUUCCUAUUACAAAAUACUUAAUGAUAGUAUUUUGUUUAUUACGUACAAAGUUUAUACGAUUUGCAAGUCGCGGACAUGCGAAUCCAUUACAUACGUAACGAUAUUCUGUUUAUUCAAGUCGUUAAAAAAUCUCUUCUUAUCUUUAGUAUAAGAAAUAGCAUCUUUAGUAUAAGAAAUUGCAGCUUAUUUUUGAUACUUUUUAAAAACUCUGCAAGUUUUCUGUGGGCAUUUUAUUUUAACAUUUAUAUUAAUUGACUGUCCUCUCCAUACAGUAAAAUCUCAUUUAUAAUUCGUCAUUUUAUUAUAUAGAAUCUCUAUUCGUGGCACUAAUGAAAAUACUUAGUUUUUCGAUAGUAAAUAAUAAUUUAUAGUUUUGUAGUUUAUGAGACCAAAGUAAUCUUCAGUGAGUAUUAUAUAUAAUUAGAUACUGAAAUACAUUUUUCUGCAUUAUACUCGGAGCUUAGUCAUUUCAGAAAUUGCUGCCAUUUUCAUAUAUGCUCAACAUCAAAAGUGAUUACUUGCGAAUGUCCAUGAUAAGCGUGUUAAUAACAAACCUGCAUUUCUUAAGAGUUUGAGUUUGCUACUCGAUACAAGGGAUCUGUUUUAGGAGCAAAAUUAAAGCCGAAUGUUUCUGAGAUUUUUGAUGUUGACUGUAUAUAUUUUGUAUUGUGAUAUAUUAUGAAUCUUCCGUAACAUUUUAAUGCAUUUA